AGUUUAUUAUGCACGAUGUACCCUAUUGUCAUGUGACUGGGACACUUGUGUUGAUAUUCUGUGAUUUCACUUACGCAUCUCUUAGAGGGAUAAGAGUCAAUGAAAACAAACUAGUAGGUUGUUAUAUUGUCAAAUUUUGUUGUUAAAGUAUCCUUAUACUUAUAAUUUAGUGGGGUAUCCUUUGUGAUGAAGGAAUUCUUUAAUAAAGAGAUUUCUUGUCAUUCCGAAUUUCAAUUCCUCCAAGGAUUUGGGUUUAGUUUUGCUAUAAAAACUUUCACCUCUCUACUAAACCCUCAAACUAACAAUUCACCAGCAAAUACUUUCUUAUCUCUACUAGAACUUCCUAACCAUCUCAGAGGAGCCAUCUUAGAACGCCUGCAGAUGAUGGACCAAGUACCCGCAACAGCAAACGCUUCUACCUCGAAAUUAUCUGCAGCAGAAGCCGGUCUCUCUUCAAAGUGCCCCGUAUGGCUCCUCCUUCCUCCCAAAGACUACGAAACAGUACUCUACACUAGUUACUACGAUCGAAUCCGCAGUGGUUCUUUCCGCUACAUGAAUCUCGAAGACAACAUCGUUUAUGAUCUGCCCAGGGCAACAUCAGAUUUGUUUUGCGACUUCCCCUGUAUCGGUUCAUCACAAGGCUGGCUGAUUAACUUGGACCCCGUAACUUUUACCCCGUUUCUGUUCAACCCCUUCACGAAUGUCCAAAUCCAACUUCCUUCACUCAUCCCAACAUUAGGCAUAUCCACAAUCGAAAAAACUGUUCGGCCGCCGGGAAGGUAUAGAAUUCAAAUCCGGGAUCGUCAGAAGCAGGUAAAACAUGACAUGAUUUGGCCAUGUUUUGUAGAAAAAGCUAUUCUGAGUAGGGAACCUGUAGGUGGUGAUCAUUACAUGGUCUUCAUGGUGCUGGACCAUAAAUGUGGAUUCUACAGCAUUGGAUUCUAUAACAAUGGUGACACCUCAUGGAAAGAAGUCCCUGGUUCUCAGAUUACAGAUGAUGAAAAUUAUGAAGACAUCAUAUGCAACGGAAAUCAGCUUCAUGCAUUACAAGGAAAUGGGUUUGUUGUUACUUGGGAUUUACGAGGUGAUUGUCCUGAAAAAACAACCACCAUUGACGCUGCUCUUCCUGAGAAAUCCGAACAGUACCUUGGCUCAGGUAAAUGUUACUUGGUUGAAUUUGGUGCGGAGAUGCUGCUUAUUGUGAGCUUUACAUCUACGUUUGAUAAGAGUGAGACAGGAUUGUUUGAUCUGUACAAGUUGGAUUUAGAAAACAAGGAGUGGGUGGAGCUGGAAACAUUGGGAGAUAGAUCGUUGUUUUUGGGUGGAAAUCAUUCGGUCUCGAUACAGGCUAAAGAUUCGGCAAAAUUCAAGACCCGCUCCGCUACCAUGUACUGGUUAGCCACCAGGAAUGUCGUCGUCUCCAUCCCUAAGUGGCGCUCACUCGCCUUUCUCCUCCGUCAUCCUCGUCGGAACUUCGCCUCGUUCGGCUCCUCCCCGCUUCCUGCCAGGAAGUUUGUAGAUAUUCGUGGUUUCAGAAAUCAGAAGGUUUUGAAAGGAGGCACAAAAACUGCUAGGAAAUUUAAAGCACCAAAUACUGCCCUGGAUGAUAAGGACCUCUCCAACAUGAUAUGGUGGAAAGAGAGGUUGGAGCUUUGCAGGAAGCCUUCAACUCUCCAUCUGGUUAAGAGGCUCAUAUAUAACAAUCUUCUAGGCCUGGAUAUUAAUUUGAGAAAUGGCAGUCUAAAAGAAGGAACGCUGAAUUGGGAGAUGUUGCAGUUCAAGUCAAAGUUUCCUCGUGAAGUUUUGCUCUGCAGAGUUGGAGAUUUUUAUGAAGCCAUUGGAAUAGAUGCUUGCAUUCUUGUUGAAUAUGCUGGUUUGAAUCCUUUUGGUGGUCUUCGUGCGGACAGUAUUCCAAAAGCUGGCUGCCCUGUCAUGAAUCUACGACAAACUCUGGAUGACCUGACACGUAAUGGUUAUUCAGUGUGCAUAGUGGAGGAGGUCCAAGGUCCAACACAAGCACGUUCUCGUAAAGGCCGUUUUAUAGCUGGGCAUGCACAUCCAGGAAGUCCAUAUGUUGGUGGACUUGUUGGGGUUGAUCAUGAUCUUGAGUUUCCAGAUCCAAUACCUGUUGUUGGAAUAUCACGUUCAGCAAGGGGGUAUUGCAUAACUUCUGUCCUUGAGACCAUGAAGACAUAUUCAUCAGAAGAUGGUUUGACUGAAGAGGCUCUGGUCGCCAAGCUGCGCACUUCUCAAUUCCAUCAUCUAUUUCUGCACUCAUCUUUGAGAAACAAUGCCUCAGGUAAGGGCUGUGGAGAAGUGCCAGUUUUUUGCACUUCUCUUCCGUUUAACAGUGAGAUCCUUCCAUCAAAAAGAAAAGAAAAAAACAAAAGAAGAAAAAAGAAAAGAAAAGAAAAGAAAAGAAGAAGAAAGAAAAGAAAAAAGAAAAAGGAGAUCCACAAUAUUGCUGAUGCUGAAUGAGUGUAGCUGUCUUAAAUUUCUAUUGUUGCAUAAAUAUAAAAGGGUAAUUCUCAAUGCACUUCAACCCAAGCAAAUGCAGACUAAUUCGUAAGGUGGGUGUUGUAGGAUCUAUUAGAUGUGGCAGAGGGAAGUUGGGAUGAGAUAUGUGUUUCUCUUCUUUUUGUUGAAGGCAUUUUAGAAUGAAUCACCAGUACUUUUGAAGAUUGUUUUAUGACAUUCUCUUUUUGGAAUAUUGCUUUUUUUUUACCCUUUAUAUCAUCAGGCUAAGGCACAAUGGAUUCUUUAGAGGUUUAAAGAGGUUUAGACCACAUCUUGUGACAUAUGAGCAUGUUGAGCAUCAUCUUAGAGCCUAAUUUGAAGAAGGAUCUUAUUCCUUCUACCAAUGCUUUCUAGAUGAUAAGCAUUGUCAUUCCAGUUCCUUGGCAAGCUGAAAUCUAUUGAUAAUUUUAUUGAUGGUACAGGUUAUAGAUUGCAAAUAAAAUUUUUGAUCUUGU